UCUUCACAUGGCAGUGCAAAUUAAGCUGUUGUACAAAUUCAUGCUUUAAAGUAAAUAUUCUUUUAUCAGAUGAACUGCAGGGUGCACAAUCAGAAACUGAGGCUAAACAAGAAAUUGAGCAACUGCACAAGGAGCUGGUUGAAGCCCAAGAACUAGCUAAAACAAGUAAACAAAAAUGCUUUGAACUUCAAGCGUUAUUGGAAGAAGAGAGGAAGGCAUAUCGAAUGCAAGUUGAAGAGUCCAACAAGCAAAUAAAUGUUCUGCAAGCUCAGCUGCGAAGGUUACAAGAAGAUAUUGAGAAUCUCCGUGAGGAAAAGGAGAAUGAAAUUUCCAGUACUCGAAAUCAACUAAUUGAUGCUCAAAAUGAGAUUGUGCUUCUUCAACAAGUAGCAGAAAAGACAGCUUCAGAGCGAGACACUGACAUUUCUGCCUUGCAAGAGGAGCUGCGGAAGGUUCGCGCGGAGCUGGAGCGCUGGCGGGAGGACGCGGCGGGCUACGAGAAGGAGCUCGUGAGCCUGCAGGGCACCUUCCAGCUGCGGUGCCAGCAGUGCGAGGACCAGCACAAGGAGGAGGCUGCGCGCCUAAAAGGUGAGCUUGAAAAGCUGAAGGAGGAGUGGAGCGCUCUGGAAGCGGAGUGCGCUGCCCUCAAGAAGGAAAAUACUUUGCUUGCAUCUGAACUCCAGCGACAGGAGAAGGAGCUUUCCAGCUCUCAGGAACAGAGUUUAGCGCUAACUAGCAAUAUAAAUGUCCUUGAAAUGUCACGAAAAGAACUUGAAAAUCAGAUGGGAUCUUUGAGAGAGAAACAUCAGCGGGAUGCAGCUAGUCUAAAAAGCCAGCUCAGUGAAGCUGAAAAUCAAGCAAAGGAUGUUCAGAAAGAGUAUGAAAGGACACAGACUGUGCUCUCAGAGCUGAAGGCGAAGUUUGAGAUGGCUGAACAAGAAAAGCAGGCAAUCACAGAUGAGCUCAAACAGUGUAAGGAGAACCUGAAGCUGCUACAAGAAAAAGGAAAUAACAAACAAUGGCCUUGGAUGCCUGUGAUGGCAGCUUUGGUUGCUGUGACAGCCGUGGUGCUGUACCCAGGCCUAACCAGAGCUUCUCCAUGAGAACUGUUGUUGAAUCCAUACACCGUCCUCCCUUUAGAAGCUGGCAUCACUCAUAUACUGAGGGAAAACAGAUUAAUGCUCUUCCUUUUUACCUCUUAAUACAGCACAGCUCUGCGUGAGAACAGCAGUAGGGUCAUUUGCUUUAAACUGUGUAAAAUGUAUCUGUCUAUAAAGAGGGAAUAAAAAUGUGAUUCAUCAUACUGUGAGCAAUAUUUUUGCUUACAACUUCACGUAAGUUUUAAAUCAGUCUGUUGGGAUUCUAAAUACUAUAAUGGUGGCCUAAAGUAGGCUUCUUGAUACCAGAUUAUUUAUAACGGCUAGGUUUGUGGACUUGUACUUUAGAAUCUGAUUGCCGCAUGUAAAAGGAAAAACACCAUUUUGCCAAUUUGGACACCCAAGUCAAAUAACUUUGCAGAUACUUUGAAAACAGCUGCAGUGUGCUCAGUGCCUUUCAGUAUGCUGUUUUUUUCUAAAAGUAGUAUACCAUUUUACUUGCUGUUAGUCACUGAGCUGUUGGGAACAAGACUUAAGGUAACUUCUCUUAGGCCUUUUGGAGGAGGCAUAUUUUUAUUUGGUAAGGAUUGUUUUAUUAAUGAUUUCUGGAAAUAAACUCAAUUCCUGUCCAGCCUUAAAGAGAUAGAGACACUGAUGGUGAAGACCAGCCUAGAAUAUUUAGUGUGCGCGUGUGCGAGUGUUAGCAUGUGUGUGUUCUUGAGUGAACUAAGGUGUUUCUGGGAGCAAAUACUUGGUCAUUUGAUGGACAUAGUGCAGUGAUUCAACUUGCGUUAACUUUAGUUUGAAUGUAAUUUAUUAAAUUUCAUAUAUUUAAAGAGAUGCGUUCUUUAAAAGUAUGAAUACUUUCUCACAUAUCACAUUGUAUCAGUUUAUUUUUUCAGGCAUUUGAUACUUUCUGACUUGGGCUGAAAAGGCUCUUUAGAUAAGCUUUUAUUGGUGUAACUUCAUUAUAAAAUCCGCUACAAUGCAUCUAUAAUUAGCCAAAAAAUUCAGAACUACAUAAUCUGCUGCAGAAUUGGGAUUGUAUACCUAGUCAUGUAUGUCAGGUGAACAACGCUCUCAUUUGGUAGGUACAUUUUCUGCAUCAAGGUUACAUGGCUGUAAGUACAAUGCAGUGAUCCCCAUUAUAAAGUUUAUUUUCCUUAGCAAAGUACUAUAAUUAUUGCUACUUGCUGACUUUUGGUGGGAAUCACUGCAGUUAAUGCUGAAUUAAGCGUAGGCUGUAGUUAUCUUGUUCAGCUCAACAGUUCUGUCAAAAAACUUUAUUAAAGACUUCAAUAAUAUGCUAGAGAAAGGUGAGGCAAAAUGGCUCUACUAAAGGAAGCUUCAAAACAGGGAAAUAAUUUUCAAGAUUCAAUCGGCUUUAAAUGGUCUUAUGGCAAUCGACAGAUAGUUUAAGUAUUUAAAUAGAAAUUUAGCAUAAAAUUUACCUUGAGGUUUUGAGGAUCAUUGUUUGUCCUUUAAAGGUUCUACCUUAAGCUAUGUGGGGUUUGCUAAUGGGAGGAUUAUUAGUUAUGGAAAAAAUAGUCCACGGGUGACUUGUAGAAAAUAUAUAUUGUCAUUUAGUUCAUUCAUUUCAUCACUUUCAGUUGCAGGAAGC